AGUCAUGGGAUCUUGAUCGGAGAACUCCGCCGUACAUGAAAUCGUCUCCCAAUAAUCUGUAAAUAAGAAAGAUAAGCGUAGCCGAUUCGUAGUUUGAAUGGUGUGGAAAGACAUUAGACUUUGCUGAAAUUAUUUCCUCAAUAUCGUCAAUAACUGACCAUGAGUGGUGAGUUUUGGUUGAUCUCCGCCCCGGGCGAGAAGACCUGCCAGCAGACAUGGGAAAGGCUGAACGGCGCCACCGUCAGGUUCGAUUUGUCCAUGAAUUACAAGUUUCCGAUACCAGACCUGAAAGUCGGAACACUGGACACGCUGGUUGGGCUCUCGGAUGAGCUGGGGAAACUGGAUUCCUAUGUAGACAAUAUCACUCACAAGCUUGCCCAUUACCUUGGUGAGGUAUUAGAAGAUCAGAAGGACAGACUUGCAGAGAAUCUCAUGGCCAACAGAAUGGACCUGAGUACAUAUGUAACCAGAUUUCAGUGGGACGUAGCCAAGUAUCCAAUCAAAUUACCACUAAAGAGCAUCGCUGAGAUCAUUAGUAAGCAAGUGUCUCAGAUGGAUGGGGAUUUGAAGACCAAAUCUCAUGCAUAUAACAGUAUUAAGGGAAAUCUGCAAUCACUAGAGAGAAAAGCCACAGGAAGCUUACUCUCGCGGAACCUUGGAGACAUCGUCAAGAAGGAUGAUUUCAUCAAUGAGUCAGAGUAUCUCACUACGCUGCUUGUCGUUGUUCAAAAGAAUCUUUACUCUGAUUGGAAUUUGAAAUAUGAGAAGCUUUCAGACAUGGUUGUACCUAGGUCAACAAGGAUGAUCUAUGAGGACAAUGAUCAUGGUUUAUACAGCGUCACAUUAUUCAAGAAAGUCGUAGAUGAAUACAAGCUACAUGCCAGGGAAAACAAGUUCAUUGUCAGAGAGUUCACAUACAAUGAAGAGGAGUUAAAUGCAGGGAAGAAUGAGCUCAACAAGCUAGCAGCUGACAAGAAAAGGCAAUAUGGACCUCUGGUUCGAUGGCUCAAGAUCAACUUCAGCGAAGCAUUCCAAGCAUGGGUACACGUCAAGGCGUUAAGGGUGUUCGUAGAAUCAGUUUUAAGAUAUGGUCUACCAGUCAACUUCCAGCCCAUGAUUCUACAACCUUACAAGAAAACGCAAAAGAAAAUGAGGGAGGUCCUAAACACGCUCUACGGCCAUUUAGAUGGUAGCAACAUUACAGCCAAAGAUGCAAAAGUGGCUGUUGAUAUGCCAGGUCUAAUGUUUGCAAACACCGAGUACUACCCCUAUGUCUUCUACCCUAUUCAAAUCAACUUCUGCGACUGAGCCAAACUUUCCAGCCGUCAUCGUGGACUUUUUUAACCUUAGCUAGGACACAGUACAUCUCAUGCAUCAAGUUUGUCAUUUUCUUUAUUGUAGAUCCCUUUCUCCUGAGUCCCCCGAGAAAUGUUCCAUGCAAGGACCUGUCGGAUUAUUUAUCUGACAAAGUCUGUUUUAUUUUAUAGUUACCAUGGUCAGCCAAUCAAAAUCAAGUAAAGUUGUGAGACAACAAAUGUUAUUAAAGAGCUCCUCUGAUGUGUUAUCCGGCAAAGUCUGCUUCCGACAGUAACCAUACUAACAGUUGGACAAUUUUUUUAUCUCAGACAGUUAUAAACAAGGAAAUUUAUCAGGGGUUGUUUGAUGAUGUCAACACUGACUAAGUUAAGUGCUGAUAAUUUCAGUGAAAUGCUUGGUUUCAUUUGGCUUAGAAGCUCUGGCCUCUGACUGUUACUAUGGUAAUUGUCGGAGAAAGACCAAUCGACAGUGCUGACGACUUUCAUGAAAUGGUCCCACGAUCUUGACAACUUGUCUGAUAACAAAUAUUGAUGACACCCCCCGGAGUUUAAAGCUGAUGAUCGUUUUCCUCUUCACGAAUGGGAACCCCACACUCAUUACUCUGGGUGAUUUCAAGUUUUAUUGUUAACUGUUUGAGGUCUCUGUGUUUAGCUGAUAUUUUAAUUAACACAGCACGAAACUUCAAAUGAAUCCAGCGCCGUGGCCGUACUCAAAAGGUAUUGAAGUAGCAGUAAUGCGAUUUGAAUCUCUUCUGUAAGCUUACAUUAGAUGUUGAAGGUUUUGUCUAUCUUUUAAAUGCCAAAACGAAACACGAAAAUUAAAAUGGAGCUCAUUUUGAAAAAUUCAUUUUGGGGUUGCAAGUAACUUAUUUGUCAUUGAUUGCAAAUUUUAUUAGCAAAUUCAUCACUAAUCAAUAUAAACAGAUACAGGUGUCACAAUACAGGCCAUAGGACUCGAACGAUUGGCAAAGUUGUAGCAGGUUUUUAGUCUGAUAUGCAAGCUAUGUACUGCUUCUAUAAAGUAAAAUUUCACCCCAAGUUGAUCAGAGGAGCAGUUUAAUAACUGUAAUGUCGAUGAUUUUCACUGACUGAUCAGCCAAUCAGAUGCUAGGAUUUCAGUAGCUUAUAACAAUUGUCAGAGAAGUUCACUAUUUGCUUCAUGAAACAGGCCCACUAUUUUACUCUUCCCAAUACUUUCAAAUUGGGCAGAGAUGCAUGUCCAUAAUAUGGAUAUUGAAAUUAAAAAAAGAAAUUAUGUCCAUGUAUGUGGUAAUGUACACUCCGCUUAGAGGAGUGUUUUAUGAGACUAAUAGUCAGUAAUUGCCACUUACAAAUAUUAUAAGCUACUGCAAAUCUUAGCAUCCAAUCGAUCACUAAAUAGACUUUUUCAUGAAACAGUCCUCUAAUUUAAGAAAGCCUAUUUCUACAAUAUAUAAAUUCACUUGUACAUAAUAACCAAUCUAAUUUUAUGAGACAAUGCUGUUUAUUUAAACUGUGAAAAGUAUGUGUUUUACAAAUUUGGGGCAAUAAUAGUGUUUAAACUAUGUUCUUUGUAUUUCCAUUAUUUGUGUAAAGGUAGCUGGCUUUCUGGGUCAAUAUUUAUAUAUAUAACCUGGAUAUUGGCCGCAUUUAUCGUAUUUUCAAGAAAUUAUGAAGAAAACCCUGUCAUUUGUUUAUGUGAAGUAAGACAUCUGGGGGCCAUUUCAUACAGCUGCUCGUAAGUUAAGAGCGACUUUAAGAAUGACUGGUGAUCCUUUCUUGUGGUAAAUGAUAUUCACCAUUGAAUGUUCACUGGUGAUUAUUAGCGCGUAAGAAAGGAUCAGCGGUCGUUCUUGAAGUUCCACUGAACUUAAGAACAGCUUUAUGAAACAUCCACCCGGGCCAGGAGCCCGUUGCAGAAAGAGUUGCAAUCAAACACAUAAAAAAUCAAACGCAACUUGAUUUUUAACCAAUGAAAUGAGUGAAUUGAAAGCUUGCGCUUGAUUCUUUCAAGUUGCGUUUGAAGAGAGCUCUCUGUGCAACUUCCCCCUGAAUUGAUAUUGGCCGCAUAAGUAGUGUAACCAAAGGUUUUAUGAAAAGUUCCUAUAACUUGUAUAUGUGUAGACUGUGUAAGACAUCCAGGUCAGGUCUUACGAAGAGUGGCAAUUGAUCCAAUGAAUUUUAACUUUGGAAAUCCAUUGAUAUCAUAAUUCUUUGAAGAAAUGUCCACUCCGUUGUAAACCAGAAAGAUAACAUUUAUUGAUGAUGAAAAUGGCGACGUAUGCACAAGUGCCCAUCAUGUUGAGAGUUGAUUUUCUUUUAACAAAAUGUGCUCUACAGGCUCCCCGAGUUUUGAAGAGCUGCGAUUGAUCUUAAUGAUUGCAUGUAUAGAAAGCCAGCGGGGCCAACAUGUAGAACAUCCACUCAAACUGUUUUCUAAAUAUACAGUCUUGGAACAUGUAUCAUUGCCUUGACAAUACAGGGUGCUUCUACAUGUCCAAAGGGACAUUGUGCUCAAUUUCUAUACAGUGUGUCCCACAAAAAAGGAAACCUGUUUUCAGAUACAUAUUUCACAGUUAUUCAAUAUGUUUUCACUACUAAUUUGACACUUUAUGGUAAGAGUGGAAUCUCUUUUCUGAUUUGAGACAAAAAGCUUAGCAAAUCUUUCACAUGUAGGAGAUUACAAGCAGUAGAUAUUGAGGCGUAUCAGAAACGAUUUGCAUUGAAAAUCAGGUGUGAAUCUGAAUCCACUCUCAUUUUAUAGAGAUCAGUGACAGAAACUUUGUAUCAUCAAACCAAUCUUGUCAAAUUGUUCUGUGCAUCCUGAUUUUGACAUUUAAAUUUCAAAUAUGCCUUGCUCAUACAUGUAUAUGCAUAAAGUUUUUGCUUCAUAUCAGGUAGGCUAUCAGGUAUAAAAAUAUAGAGCAAUUACAAAUAAUUUUAUGAAGAUGUAAAUGAAAUAUAAUUAAUUUGCCUUUGAAGAAAAAAGAUGUGAAUUCCGGAUUCCUUGUUUAUGGGAUGCACUGUAUAAAAAUAAAUAAAUUUUAUUAUUAACCGUAUCAGACAUCUGAGCAGGGCAACUUUGAAACAUUGUUGCCUGCUUAAGACUGGGAUCAAAUUGCCGGUCAAUAAAAUUCCAAUUGUUUAUCCACGGGCCCAAUUUAUUGCCGAUUCAGGAAAGUCAAUGAGAAAAUGCGUGGAAAUGUAGCUGGCAAUAAAAAGCAGCGCUAUUAUCCGGGUAUUCUACACGUUUUUGCACGCGUCCUUGAACCGCGCAGUGCUAUACGUCAUAAUGGUAAUCAAGUUAAGACACCGCUGGAUACUGCGUCCCCAGGCCAGGGACGCGUCAUUUCAAUUACGUCACAAUGGUAAAGUUCAGAGGCCCAGUCUGCUCAACAUGAUAAACUAAGAUUCUCAUUCUAAAAAUUUAAAAUAUCUAGAUUUUAACGAUUUUUGCUCUAGAUGCCUGAUUUGGUUAAUAAUAGCAAUAUUGACUGGCCUGGGGAGCGAAUGGACAUAUAUCGCCCUCACUAUAUUGAUAUCACCCUCGUCUGCGACUCGGGCGAUAUCAAUCUAGUUUGGGCGAUAUAUGUCGUAUCGCCCCGAGGCCAGUCAAUAUUGCUUUAAUGUUCUCCAUAGUUUGGGGUUGAUCAGUCUCAAUUCUUUGUAAACACUGGCGUUAUAUUUUAAAUGUAUGAUCAAGGAUUUCUUUGGUAGAGUUCUGCAUAAGAAUGAAAAUUGAUGACAAUUUGUUAAAAUCAGUACUUGAAAUCAGUAUGAGAUGCAAAUAAAACAAGGACGAAAUGUGAGCAACCUACUUUAUUUAUCCUUGAAUGUUCAUCAAAUUUAUGCUUAAAUGUUAAUCUAUGUUUUGGUUGAAAAUCUUUGGUAGGUGGGGAAUUAGCUGGGUAUAUGAACGAUUGUAUGAACGAUUGAUGAAAAUAAUUAAUUUCUUUCAAGAUUAGGGAGAGAAUUCCUAGAAUUAGACCACUCCCUGUCUAACUCAAAAGAAUAUUUUUUGGGGGGUUGGUUGGUUUUAUUCUGUUACAUCGGUGCUCUUGUCUUGUAUGUGAAUCUGAUCUGACUCUAGUUUUUCCUCAUGUGAUCCUGUAAAUGUUCAGUUUCUAGGCUUGAUAGACAAUACAUGUUCAGCAUUGAAUAUAUGUAUUUUGCAAUAACGAGUAUAAACUUUAUAGUGAGCGUACCCUUGAAUGUAAAUCUUGUAACAAAAUUUCUCAUUAUGCAAGUUUAUUUGUAGAACUGAUGAAACAUUCCAUUGCUCUAAACCUAUUUUCAUGAUAAAUCCAGUUCUAAAAUGUAGGAUCAUGGAAUAAUUUUCCUGGUAGCACAUCAAAAUAUGCUCCUUAUUUUUAAAGACUGCUACAAAAAGGUCUUUAGUGUAGCAGAAUAUUUAGGAGGACUCUACAGAACACAAUUGAGAUCGUUUUUCUUAUGACUAAAAGUGCUUAUCAACUUGGCAAGCAAAGUUAUUCCAUGGGAUAAUGACUGGAUUCUUAAAAAAUAUUAAACCUUUAAAUGUUUUUUUUUUUUCAAAAUGAAUCUGUGAGAAUUAUUACACUGCCCUUACUGGGAUUUGGACCCAGGACCUGGGCAUGCAUGACUUCAUAGCUCUGCUGGUACACUGCAAAAACACCUUUGUCAAUUUAACACCAGCCCGGUAUCUAUAUCGAAAAACAUG